GCAUUAACACCUACAAAGCUGUGCCGGGGCGUGUGUGCCCGCACUAUGAAGGGCGGGAGAGCCUGAAGCGCUGCGGAUAAAUUGUGGGCACGGGGUAGGCAGCCCACGGCGAGGGCAUCGCUGUGGCGGCGCGCUGCCGAGAUGUUUGGGACCAGUCUGAAGCGAGUGGGGUCGGCCGACAGGCUGGCCCAGGCUUCGACCGCGCUGCCGCCUGCCGCCGGCGCCAGCCACGCCGCCAGCCACCGCCACCAGCGCCGCCUGGCGCUGCGCUUCCGGGGCUGCCGCCUGGGCCUGCCAGUGCCCAGCGAGAUGUGGGGCGCGGCUGCCCUGGCGGCUCGCAUGGCGCGGCCCUCGUGCAUCCAGCCCCAGCAGCUGCACCGCGCCGCCAGCGCAGUGCUUGCCCAGGCCUUCUCCGCCGCUGCAGUGCCGCCGCCGUCGGGCCCCGUGUCCGAGGAUAACCCCAAGGCUCUGGCCGAGGCGCUGGAGUGGCAGCCGCGGCUGAGUGCGGCGGAGGAGGCAGCCAGCCUGCUGGGCCCUGCCGCCAUCUGCGCAGCUGUGUACGCCGCCACGGCGCCUGCCUCGGUGCAGCCUCUGUACGCCACAGCCAUGGCUCUUUUGUAUGGGGCACUGGUCUUGGGGACCCACAUGUGGCUGGUGGAGAGGCGGUACAAGGCUGUGCAGCGCAGCGAGCGCGAGCUGGCUGCCUCAGACUCCUGCUUCUUUAUGGCUGAGGGGAUCCAGCUGCACUACAAGCGCCGAGCACCGCUGGGCCUGUCCCGGCCAGCCGGCAUUGGCGGCAGAGGCAACGGCAGCAUGCUCGGAUCCCAGCAGCAGCAGCAGCAAGCGGCUGCCGCCUCAGCACCGGCAGCCGUGGUGCACUGCCUGCACGGCUUUGGCGCAUCCAGCUACAGGCAAGGGGAGGUUGCCGUGGCAGGCUGGAGCUUUGUGCAGCAGGAGAUGGCCGACGCUCUGCACGCUGUGGUCACCGCUCACGACAUGCCCGGCUUUGGCCUGAGCCAGCGGCCCCGCUCCCCAAGCUACUACACCCUCCACUUCAAUGGCGACACCGCCCUCAGCAUCCUAGACGCGGAGCUGAGCGCCGCGCAGCAGGCGGCUGCUGUGUCGCACUCCGCAGCCAGCACCACGUCCAGCAGCCCUGCCGCUGCCCUUCCCCCGCAGCAGAAGGAGCAGCUGCGCUCGCACCCCGUACAGAAGAGCGCCAGUGCCGGCAGUGUGGACAGCACCGGCAGUGCAGACGACUGCACCGGCGACUCCUUUGCUGCCGGGGGCCCCAGCCCUGCCGCGCCAUCUGCCGCAUGGCCCAAGCGCGUGCUCAUCGGGCACAGCAUGGGCGGGGCCGCGGCGGCAGAGGGCGUGAUCAGCUGCUCAGAGGGAGUUGAUGCCCUGGUGCUGGUGGCUCCUGCCAUUGUCGCCUUCUGGCUGGGGCCUCCCGAGGAGGCUGCUGGCGACCCGAUGGCCACAGCGAGAAGCACUGACCACGGCCUGCUGCCGGGACUGAGGCCGCUUGGAACAUGCGGUGCAGGCUUGGCGGUGGUGGAAGAGCUUGUGGCUGCGGAGGAUGCUCCGGGGGAGAUCCAGCGCUGGCCCUCCUCCUCCUCCUCCUCCAGCAGCCCGCUGCUGAGCCGCAGCGACAGUGCCAGCAGCACCAGCGGCGCCACCGGCGGUCGCCGCCGCAAGCUCGGCGUGGCGGGCCGUGCCCAGCGGGUGGUGCGGGCGGCGGCGGUCGUGGCGAAAGCCACGCUGCUGCUGCUGGUGCGCCUGCUGCUGGCGGUGGCCACGCCGCUCCUGGUGGUGCUGCUGCGCCGCCUGGUGCGCUCGCGCAGGUUCUGGGAGCGCGGCCUGGCAUCUGCCUGGUAUGAUGGCCGCAAGGUGACCAGCUCCUAUGUGGAUGCAUACCGUAGCGGGCAGCUGGUGCGGGGCUGGGAAGAGGGCAUCCUGCGCUUCCUGGCGGCGCGGUUUGACGAGAAGGCCGGCUUCUGGGGCUCGCUGCGCGAGGCGGUGCAGGGCGAGGGCCACCUGACGCAGGCGGAGCGGCUGGCGGCGGUGGUGCGCCGCUGCGGCAUCCGCGUGCUCAUCGUGCACGGCAGCAGCGACGUGCUGGUGCCUGCCGCCAACUCGCGCCGCCUGGCCGCUCUGCUGCCCAACGCUGAGCUGGCUGUGUUCGAGGGGUGUGGGCACAUGCCGCAGGAAGAGUGCCCCGAGCGCUUUGUGGAGACGGUCCAGCGCUUUGUUGAUUCCCUGGACUAGCGUGGUGGGCGGCUGAGCCUGGCAGCAGCCCUGCACCUGCCUGCCACAUCUUGGACAGGCCUGCCUAGGGCCAAUGGCUGGCCCCUGUGCAGCCCCCCUUGCCUAUGAGAAUGGGGCAAAGCGCUUCCCCUCUCAUAUUUACCAUAGCGAUGUACAGGUGCAUAAACCAUUGUAGAGCCUUGCAAUACCUUUUCGCCUUCUAGCGCCCCUUCUGUGUCUCUUUCUCUUCUAGCUUACGUUCAAUGCAUCCCUCUCCGGUUACCCAUCUUUCUGCUCGUCUGCAUGCCCAUUAAUGUCCUUAUACGUAUAUUGCUUCCUAGCGACCUGUGUGCUCAUUUGGUUCUGCUUCCCGAUGCCCUGAUUUGCAUGCCGCCCCGGCGGCCUGGGCCGCCAGCGCUUUUUGGUGCCCGCCCACUGAUGCGGGUGUUUUUCGAGCGCUGCGCGACAAUUUUGCAGGCCCGGGGGUAGCUGCCGUUUUGUGGAGCGUUUCAAGCAUUCAAUUCUAUUUUCACUGCAAAGCACCAACUGACA